ACGUGACGUAAUUGUGCAGCGCCUUCACUGUUUCUGAAUGGAAGGGGAACUGGCAAUGCCUGCAUUUGAUUUUUCAGAUAUUUUUAUUGUUUAAUCUGUGAAUGGCGCCAAAACAGGACCCUAAACCUAAAUUUCAAGAAGGUGAACGGGUGCUGUGUUUUCAUGGGCCAUUACUUUACGAAGCAAAGUGUGUUAGGACAAACAUCAAGGAGAAGCAAAUCAAGUACUUUAUUCAUUACAGUGGAUGGAAUAAGAACUGGGAUGAAUGGGUUCCUGAAAGCAGAGUACUGAAGUAUGUGGACAGCAACCUGCAGAAACAGAAGGAGCUUCAGAAGGCUAAUCAAGACCAUUAUGUAGAGGGAAGGAUGAGGGGAGUAGCACCAAGCAAGAAGAUUCCUCCUCCUCCUCCGCCAAAAGGCAUUGAUGUGAAAGCAAAAAAGAACAAACAGAAGACCCCAGGGGCAGGAGAGGGGACCAGUGCAGGUGGUGAUUUACCUUAUCCCCCCCGAAAGAAGAGGGCACGCGUUGACCCAACUGUGGAAAGUGAUGAGACCUUUAUAAACCGAGUGGAGGUAAAAGUAAAGAUCCCAGAGGAGUUAAAACCAUGGCUGGUAGAUGACUGGGACCUGAUCACCAGGCAGAAACAGCUUUAUCACCUGCCAGCCAAGAAGACUGUGGAGGCUGUCCUAGAAGAUUAUGCAAGCUACAAAAAAUCAAGAGGAAACUCUGACAACAAGGAAUAUGCUGUGAACGAGGUGGUUGCCGGUGUCCGCGAGUACUUUAAUGUCAUGCUGGGAACACAACUUCUCUACAAGUUUGAAAGGCCGCAGUACGCAGAUAUCCUGGCCAACUAUCCUGACUCCUCCGUGUCUCAGAUCUACGGGGCGCCACACCUGCUCCGGCUCUUCGUGAGGAUUGGAGCAAUGCUGGCCUACACUCCCCUGGAUGAGAAGAGCUUGGCAUUGCUGCUCAGCUACCUACAAGACUUCCUCAAGUACCUUGUGAAGAAUUCCACCACUCUCUUCAGCUCGACUGACUAUGAAGUAGCACCACCCGAGUAUCACCGCAAAGCUGUUUGAUGGGGGUCAUCCAACAAGACCAGGUGUUGUCUCUUUAGUCGGCAUAUGAAGUUCCCAUUAUAAGGAGGUGACCUUUGUCACUUGUGGAGGACAGAUUGUUUGUGGCAACGGAUCAAAAUGGUGUAUAUUUAAGCAUCAGUGAGAUUUCCUUGGACAAAGUUAUUUACUUUCUUUUUGAAAGCUGCGAAGGAACUUUUCCUGUAUUGGUAUGUUCUUGAGUACCACUUUAGUUUAUAUAAUACUUGUUCUGUGUUUACAAUGGCCUUUUUAAGGAAGUUUAAUCAUACAAUAUGCUUCCAAUGCUUUUUUUUUCCGUCAUUU